AUGGAUAAAAGUAUUGAUGGACUCAGCAUAAAUCACAUAGCACGUCUUUGUUUUGAAAAGUUUUGUGCAUUACCAAAAACCGGCAAGCCCUUAGAUAAUCAAUGGACGGUCCUAGCAGGCAUCGUGCAAUAUGACAGACAACAAAGGCUCGGGAAAGUUGUGGCACUAGGAUGUGGCACGAAAUGUAUUGGACGUAGCAAGCUAUGCAAACAGGGUUAUAUUCUGAACGACUCGCAUGCAGAAGUGUUGGCACGCCGUGGACUUCUACGUUACUUGCAUCAUGAGCUGCGCAAAGCUGCCGAACAGAAGGCGAUGGAGUCUAUUUUUUACUGGAAAGACACGCAAAACUGUUAUGCCAUGCGGGAAAACUUGGAGUUUCAUUUCCUGAGCACCCAGACACCAUGUGGCGACGCUUGCAUUGUAGGCAGCGACCUGCAGGAAGUGCCAGCAAAGCGUCAAUGUUUAGAUUUAAAAUGCAACGACGAAGUUGGCAGUGCUGGUGAAUUGCUGGCCACGUCUCCAGUUGUCUACACAGGCGCCAAGUUAAUAGCAAGAGAGCAUCUGGAAACUGAUGAUAUGCAACAAACUCCAGGAGCACUGCGCAUAAAACCGGGACGCGGUGAGCGCACACUCUCCAUGUCGUGCAGCGAUAAGCUGUCGCGAUGGAAUGUUCUGGGCGUACAAGGUGCUUUACUAGAUGCUCUAAUUGAUAAGCCCAUUUACUUCCGUAGCCUGAAUUUCUGCUGCAGCGAUGCCAAGCUUGAAAGCCUAGAGCGUGCCAUUUACAAACGCUGGAAUGGCCGAACAUUUGAGGAUGCACGUUUCCAUCCGCAAAACCCCGUAAUAAACAUAAAUGCGACGCUCAAGUUUGAUUUUGCACAGCAAGAGGAACGGCAGCCCGCUCCCAACGGCAUAGUUUGGAGUGAUGUGCCGGAUAAUUUGAGGCCAUAUGAAAUUGCUGUAAAUGGUAAAAGGCAGGGAGUAACUAGAAAGAAGUUGGAUACGCCGCAGGCAGCUCUGGAGAUAAGCAAAUACAAACUUCUAAAUAGUUUCGUGGAGCUGCUUUCCUGCAGCUCAUCACUGUGUAAAAGGUUUAACUUAAAGUCUGAACAGUUGAACGACUUAACGUAUAUCGAAUGCAAAACGUUGGCUGCAGAAUACCAGACAGCAUGGAAGCUGCUAAAACAAAACUACUUUCGACAAUGGACAUGCAAGCCAGAGGAAUUACAGAACUUUACAAAAAACGCAAGCUGAUAUAUGUUUUUGGAUUUAAGUUUGAGUUAUGCAAAGAAUUAAAAAAUACAAUUAAUUAAAAAGUGUA